AUGGACAAAAACAAUCUUUUCAACAGACAACCAGGCUGCAGCAAACAAAGUCAACUGUAUGCACAACGUGAACAGAGAACAUCGGUGCCAUUGUAAGUAGAUUUAUUCAUCUACAUUCUACAUUUGAAUAUCGUAUUUAUAGGCUACAGAUUAUGAUCACUAAAUGACUGAUAAGGACCAGUGAAAGUUCAACUAUUUAACUAUCAUAAUUUUUUUUAAUCUGGUUCUUGAGGUGAAAAAAAAAAAUCAAAAUAUCGAGAAACCCUAAAUAUACAUAUUUUUCGUGCCUCCUAUCUAACCAAAUUUCUAUGAUUAAAUUUUCGAUUUUUCCAUUAACUGCAGGUUUAAAAGUGCGUGUUUGCGGUUUAAGAAUUUUGAUCUCAGCAGAAAGUCUACCUCUUGGAGCCGAUAAAAUAAUUCAUAAAUAUUUUCCAUUCCCCUUCCUUACCUUAUCAACGUUCUUUAGUUAGAAACAAAAUUCAGAUUUCCUGUAAAAAAUAUAAGAGAUUUUAACACUCAUUCAUUAUCUACGCCAAAGCAAUGUGCCAAUGUCGUUGAAAAGGGUUAAUAAAUUGAAACAUUGGUAUUCUGAAAGUCUGCCUGAAGUUUUAUUAGAGCACUAUUAUAUCAAUAUAAAACUAUUAUAGCAUUUUCUGAUAUGUUUAGGUUUAAUUUUAACCCGAGAGUCAGACUGCCAAAGUAUGAAUAAUACAAUCUUUCAAAAUCUACGAAUGCGUAUCUAUAAACCCAUCAUAGGUAUCUCAGCGGGACAUGAGGAAAUCGAAAAUUUAAUUAUAGUUCAUCAGUCAGAAGGGGCGCAUGGAAAAUAUAUGUACUAGGCGUUUUUCAAUAUUUUGACUUUUUUUCUAUCCCAAGAGCCAGACUUCAAACCAUAAUUGUAAUAUAAUUUUUGGUGAUAGUAAUAUAGGUAGCAAUACAAAUGUAUUUGCCUUCAAUAUUAUAUUGAAAUUGUAGGUCGGUAUCUUCUACAUCAAAAACUGAUGAUGGUAACAAAGACAACAACCAUUCGAACAUUGCAGUCAUCAAUGAAGGAAAAAAACUUUUAGUUGGAAGUGUCGAUCAAGUAGUUCAUUGGAGUCAAAUGUUAUCGUUUCUGGAAAAAACCAAAAUCUUAUACCAAGUAUACGGUAUAAUCUUAUUUCUUAAAUAAUAUUUUAUUUUUAUUUAUCAUUGAUUAGUGAUGUUCAAAUGAAUAAUUAUAGUUUGAAUAUUAGGUAUUUCUAAUAUCUCAAAUAUUGUAUAAUUUCAGGGUUUAUGGAUUCAAUAAUGACUGGUAGUCGUAAAUGUGAAAAAAUAUUUUGUUUGCGUAAUGAGCAAAAAAUAUCGAGAAUAGUUUGUGUGUUUUAUGAAAUAGAUAGAAAAAUGCCUGAAGUACCGAAAGGAACCUUUGUCUUGUUAGUGUUAAAAUUUUGUGUAAUAAAUAAUUAAAUCAAUAUAUUAUGUAUAAUUAUAAUAUAUAUAUUUAUACAAUGAUGUCAUAGAUAUUAUCUAAAAUGAUUAAUUAUUUCAGGUGCACUGGUCAUAUUAAAGGAAAAAACAAAUUGCAAAUAUUCACUAUAAGGGAAUUACCCGAAGAUAACAAAAAUUCAUUUAGUAGAAUAUCUUUGGCUUGCCAAUGGGCAAUAAAUGAUAUUUUAAUAUACAGUAGAGUAUAA